CUGUGGUCACCAAAGGUUUUGGUGCAGAGUCUAAAGGUUUCAGUGUGACACCGAAACUGAUUAUACGUGCACUUAUAACAGGAACAAUCCAAACUCAUAGUUUUUGUGCGCUGUACCGCCUGGUCACGCGCUCCAUCUCGCAGCUGAAGGCCAUCGUGGAGACGCCCUGCCGGUGUUGUCAGGGGGUUGAGGAAGACUUGGUUUGGGGGCUGGACUUGGUCGCGUCCCCCUACCGACCCACCACCGCGCCCAUCUUCCACCUCUACCUCAAGAUGGACGCUUCAGGGCCGACCCUCACCACCAGGCCCGAGCAGUUCGAGGACACGUUGCUCCACCUGUUCGACAACGCCGUGCUGCUCGCCCACACAAUCGGACCCGUGGAUCCCCUGCUGAUGACGCACCUCGUGUACCCGAAAGACCUGCACCUGUCCUCGGUCGGCCUGCUGGACCCCUGGGUGGAGGAGCAGCGCGAGCAGCUCUUGCAGGCCGUGCGGCGGGCCGGCAUUCCGCUCCGCGCCUACUGCGACGAGUUCCACCGCUUCCUGGACUUCCACAACAUGAACGUCGGUGAAUUUGAGUUGAUUCGAGCGCGCGACUCCUCCUCUUGUCCUGCCCGCAGCCGCUACGAGUCUGAAGGCCACACUGCGUCCGAGUUCAAGGAGGAGGUGGCGACACGGGUCAAGCUGAGGGAUAACUUCCUGCUGACGGUGCCGCCCAGCAUCGUCAUCGGACCUUUCCUCGUUAAUGUGGAGCUGACGAGGAACAUGCUCGUCAACAAGAGCCAGGAGCUCAUCACCCAGCUGCUCCAGAUGUACGCCCGUCGGCUGCGCACCCAGCUGGACAUUGUUCUGGACGAAUACAGUGAAAUCAUGAAAAAGAUUGUCGGAAAGCCGAUGUCCAUGGAGCACGUCAUGGAGACGAAAGAGUUCAUGGAGAGUGCUCCGUACCUUAUCAGGGCCCAGGAGGAAGUGACCAGGCGUCUUUUAUUUGAGUACGAAGUCUUGGAUCACUUCUGGUUCUCGCUGUCGGACAGCGACUUCAGUGCGAAGUGGGAAGCUGUGGGGUGGCCUCUCAAGCUGUCGCGCACGAUGGACAACGCGGCCGAGAACCUGCGCGAGGAGACAGAAAAGUUUCUGUCCCUACACCUCGGGGACGAGUCUGCCCACCGCGAGCAGAUCGAGUACCUGACGGAGCGCGUCGUCCAUCUGCAGGGCGAGUCCAACUUCGACAAGGUGCACGAGCUGGCCAUCGAGAUCGGACGCAUCUGGAAGCUGAUGAAGGAGGCGCAGGAGCAGGGCGUCGUGCUGAACCGGCGACAGAAGCUGUUUGACCUGCCGGUCACACCUUACGACGACCUGAACCGCCUCGUCAAAGAGUUCCAGCCGUACCGCGACCUGUGGAUCACGGCCUCGGAGUGGGUGCAGGCGCACGAGAUUUGGGUGGACAACCCGCUGGCCAACGUGGACGGCGACUCUGUGGAGCACAUCAUUUCAGACGCGUACAAAACAAUGACGAAGCUGACCAGGACGUUCGCCGAACUCCCGCUCGUUCUGAGGGUGGCGGUUGACGUCAAGGACGCCAUUGACGAGUUCCGCCCCAACGUACCGCUGCUCCUGGCGCUCAGGAACCCCGGCCUGCGUCAGCGCCACUUCGACCAGUUGCGCGAAGAGACGGGGGUCAACAUCAAGGCGGCGCCCCACCUCACGUACAAGAUGUGCCUGGACGCGGGCGUGCAGCCGCACACGGACCGCAUGGUGGUCAUCGCAGAGACGGCGGGCAAGGAGUACUCCAUCGAGAGCGCGCUCGACAAGAUCGAGAAGGAGUGGGAGCGCGUGGCCAUGGAAGUGCAGCCGUACAAGACUACGG